AUUUCUCAGAAAUCAUAGUACACCUCAAUAAUCAAUCUCCACCGUCCAUUUCUCUCACUUAAAAAUCAGAUCCAAAACUCAUUCCUACCUCUCUUUCUCUCUGUCUCUCUCGCCGUCUCGCUUUGCUUCUGUGGCUCUCUCAUCAUCCUUUUCUUGCAAUUCAAGAUCGAUAAGAAGAGAAAAUGUUUGGGAGAGCACCGAAGAAAAGUGACAACACGAAGUAUUAUGAGAUUCUGGGAGUCUCAAAGAACGCUUCACAGGAUGAUCUAAAGAAAGCUUAUAGAAAAGCCGCCAUCAAAAACCAUCCUGACAAAGGUGGUGACCCAGAAAAGUUUAAAGAGUUGGCCCAAGCUUAUGAGGUUCUCAGUGACCCAGAGAAACGUGAGAUCUAUGAUCAGUAUGGUGAGGAUGCUCUCAAGGAAGGAAUGGGUGGUGGAGGUGGUGGACAUGACCCAUUUGACAUAUUCCAGUCAUUCUUUGGUGGAAGCCCAUUUGGUGGUGGUGGUGGAAGCAGCAGAGGCCGAAGGCAAAGGAGGGGAGAGGAUGUGAUCCAUCCUCUCAAGGUUUCUCUGGAAGACCUCUACAAUGGGACAUCUAAGAAGCUAUCCCUCUCUCGUAAUGUGAUCUGCUCCAAGUGCAAGGGUAAAGGCUCUAAAUCAGGUGCUUCAAUGAAGUGCUCUGGUUGUCAAGGGUCUGGAAUCAAAAUUUCAAUUAGACACCUUGGCCCCUCCAUGAUCCAGCAAAUGCAGCAUGCUUGCAAUGAGUGCAAGGGUACUGGGGAGACUAUCAAUGACAAGGACCGCUGCCCACAGUGUAAGGGAGAGAAGGUUGUUCAAGAGAAGAAAGUUUUGGAAGUAAUUGUAGAGAAGGGUAUGCAAAAUGGACAGAGGAUUACAUUCCCUGGAGAAGCUGAUGAAGCGCCUGACACUACCACAGGGGACAUAGUUUUUGUUCUACAACAGAAAGAGCACCCUAAAUUUAAGCGAAAGGGUGAAGAUUUAUUUGUCGAACACACGUUGUCCCUUACCGAGGCACUCUGUGGCUUCCAAUUUAUAUUGACACAUUUGGAUGGCAGGCCGCUCCUCAUUAAAUCUGAACCAGGAGAAGUUGUUAAGCCUGACCAAUACAAGGCAAUAAAUGAUGAGGGAAUGCCGGUGUACCAGAGGGCGUUCAUGAAGGGUAAGUUGUACAUUCACUUCACAGUUGAAUUUCCAGACGCCCUCAACCCAGAGCAGUGCAAGUCACUGGAGGCUGUGCUACCUCCAAGGACGUCAGUGCAGCUGACAGACAUGGAGCUGGAUGAAUGUGAGGAGACUACACUGCAUGAUGUGAACAUAGAGGAUGAAAUGCGUCGCAAGCAAGCACAGGCCCAAGAAGCAUAUGAGGAGGAUGAUGAUAUGCCUGGUGGUGCUCAGAGGGUCCAAUGUGCUCAACAAUGAUGAACUAAUGAGCUGAUCAACAACAAAUAGGGAGAGAUGGAGUCCACGAUUUGGGGAAGCCAAAUUACUUUGAGAAAAUAAAUCUCAACAUUAUCGUCUUGUUAUAGGGAGUGUGUUAGAUUUUGGUUUGGGUUUUGUUUUUUUCCUUUGUUUCUAAACUUAUACUGUGUGGAAGAUUUAGUAUUUAAAUUCAAGUAUACAUUUGAGAAUUA